UCCAAAUCGUCAGAACAGGCCACCCAUGAUACGUGACUGCUCGCGAGAACGAGACGAGUGUUACUUUCCGCCCGAGGGUUGUACUGGCACUUUCACGAGCGCUCAAUGUGCCUGGUUCAGUAUGCCGCAGGAGCCGGGCAUGAAUGCAUGGGAGGCUGCCUCAGCAUCGACCUCCGAGAAAGACGCGACUCCAGUGCCUGCUCGGGUUUCAGCAGCAGCCUCCAGCUCAACGUCUAAUUUACGCAGCUGCACCGUCUGCAGACAGAGGAAAGUCAAAUGUGACAAGCAAACGCCAUGCUCGAAUUGCCGCCGAGCAGGCAUCGCCUGUGUCAUUCCAUCUACAGAUCGCCCGCCAAGGUGGGCCCGCCGCCUCCAGCGUCUUACCGACAAUGCCUCAACACCCAACGCACAGGCAUCGCACGGUGCCGACCCUGGCGUUGAUAGACUCAUGGAAAGAUUGCGGAGCCUCGAAGACCUGGUCAAGGAGCUCAGAGGGCAGCUGGAACAAGCAAAUGCAGCAGCCAGCUCGACCGGUAGUGGCCCAUCUGCAGCCAAUUCCCCCGAGUAUCCUACAAAGAACCCCGAUGCGGAGCACCAGGAGGAUGCUACCGACAUUCCAGCUACCAGCAAUCUGCACAACCGCUUCGGUCGGCUGGUCCUCCAAGAUGCCAGCCGCGCCCACUAUAUAAGUAGCGGCUUCUGGUCGAGAGUUGAUGACGAGCUCAAUGUGCUGAAAUUGGAUGCCCACACCCUGGCAGAAGACGAGUUCGACAGCUCGGAGGAGGAAGAGGCAUCAUCUCGAAUGGCGUCGUAUGCCUCGGAAUUUGAGCAACGACCGCGGGACCGCCAUGCAUUCUUGUUUCGACACAACUUGAGUGCAACACCUUCUAGCCUCCACGACCUUCAUCCUCUCCCUUCGCAGAUCGCCUUCCUUCUCGAUGUGUACUCGGAAAAUGUGAAUGUCUUCUUCGGCAUCAUUCAUGUGCCGACAGUCACACAGCUGGUCCGCCAGUUACGCAGCAGCGGACUCACCUCCCUCACGCCGUCCAACGAAGCCUUAAUGUUCUCAAUAUACUUUGCGGCGAUGACCUCGAUGGAGGAAGACGAUGCCAUGAUCAAUUUUGGCUGCUCCCAAGCAGACCUCAGCCUCAGAUAUCGUCUCGGUCUCGAGCAUGCCCUUGCCAAAGCCGACUUCCUGAACGCCCCCGACAUCAUUCUGGUUCAGGCACUUGCCAUUUUCAUCUGCCUUGCUCGUCGACACGACAGUCCAAGAUACGUGUGGAUGAUGACAGGACUCGUCAUCAGGAUGGCCCAGUACCUUGGAUUACACCGAGAUGGAGCCCAUUUUGGUCACUUGACGCCUUUUGAGAUCCACAUGCGUCGUAGGGUAUGGUGGUCACUUUGCAUGCUAGACCUGAGGACCUCAGAAGAUCAGGGGACAGACUUAGCAAUUGCGCAAGGAAGCUUCGACACAAAGAUCCCCUCAAAUGUCAACGAUGCCGACAUCAAUCCCGAAACAAGAUCAAUGCCCCCCGAGCGCCAUGGCGUGACGGACAUGUCAUUCGCGCGUAUCUCUGCGGGGGUCACCGCCCUCAUGAGGCAGAUGAUUGAUCCUGGUGCACGGCAAGGCGUCGCGGGCCUGGAAGACCAAAAUCGUCGGCUCAAUGAAAUCUAUCAAAAAUUCGAACAGGAAUACCUUCAGCACGCAACCGAGUCAGGGAAUAUUGCUUAUUGGGUAGCGUCAACGGUUGCGCGAAUGGUCAUGGGUAAGAUGACCCUCAUCGUCUUCCUUCCCGGUCUGUUCUCUAUCUCAUACGAACAAGUCCCGCUCGACAUAUGUACCAGGCUGCUCAUCUCUGCAAUUGAGGUCGCCGAAUACAACCACGCCCUAAACGCCGAACAAGCAUGUCGGCAUUGGCGUUGGCUCUACCAAGUCCACACUCAUUGGCAUGCAAUCGUUUUUCUGUUGAUCGAGGUCGGCCGCCGCCCCUGGUUGCCUACGAUCGAGAGAGCUUGGGUGGCACUUCACAGCAGCUGGCUGAUGCCAAGCCACGCUCCCAAGGACAAAAAUCCGCGCAUUUGGGUGCCCCUACGAAGGUUGAUGAACAAGGCUCGCAUGCAUCGCGAUGCCGAGCUCAACCGUUUGCGAGCAGAUCCUCGAGCCGCAGCCUUGCUGGAAACAGAGGACCAGAAGCUUCCAGUGCCGGCAAGUCCUGGGGCAAUUCCGAAUGGGGCAAGCUCUGACUUCUUCCGCGAUCGGUGGCGCCAGCUGGUACAGACACCUGGAAGCGGCACACAAUUGUCUGGAGUGUCCACCGGCGAGGGUAUCAAGCCAUCGAUGCAUACUGCGUACACAAGCUUGCCGGCUACCGGGAUUAUUCCUACAUCUAUGGAAGGGAACGCGGCAUCCAAUGUGACGUUUGGUCCAACGUAUUCGACUACAAGUGAUUACCAAACGGGUCAGAUAUCAGGCGCCGGUGAUACGAGCGGCCUCGGAACGCGUAUCGGGACGGGAACAACUCCUCCUUUGAGCUUGGGAAAUACUGCUGACCCAAUCUACAAUACAUUUCCCACCAUCAGCGCGGACUGGUCCGAUGUUGGUACCAUAGGCGCUGGCUUGGCUCCUUGGUUGUGGGUUGAUAUUGAACCCAUGGUCGACAGCAACCGCGAUCCUAUGGAUGCUAAUGUGGACGUGGCCUCUGACGUGAAUUGGUAUGAGUGGGUUCAGUCGGCUAGAGGAAUGGAAUAGUACGAAAGUGGCAGAGGGUAUUAUCUUAUUUCCUAGCUCGAUUAGAAGAACAACCCCGGACAGGCAACGCGCCAAGGUCCUCCCACUCAUGUUGGCAGAUACGCAUCUGCAAUGGGGACGCCGACUUGGUUGUGAUGGUAGUCUCAACUUCACUGGACGUCGAACUCCCGCCGGAGAUCAGGCCAAGAGCGGCAUCACUCUCUUUCCCAAAUAAGGUGCAGCUGGCCGCCAGUUUAUUCAGAUAAGUCUUGGCAAAACUUCGCCGCGAAACAGAAGCGGAACUAGACCUGCAUUGAAGCCGUA